AUGAUACGGCAUUGCUUGUCGCCUCAGCUCCAAAUUAAAGGAUUAUUUGGGGAUUUUUUGUUUUUGUUUUGGGCGAUCAUCUUAAUCCUUCGCCUUCUUUCUUUUUUUCUUUUUAUCCUUCUUAUUUUCUUUCUUUCCUUCUUUCUUUCUGUUUGGUCUAUCUGUCUUUCUUUCUAUCUGUCUUUCUUUUUGUUUGUCUUUCUUUCAUUCAUUCUUUCUGUCUUAGUCACUGUCUUUCUUUUUUCUUUCUUUUCUUUUUUCUUUCUUUAUUUAUUUCUUCUUUUUAUCUUUCUUAUUUUCUUUCUUUGCUUCUUUCUGUUUUUCUUUAUAUCUGUCUUUCUUCCUCUCUGUCUGACUUUCUGUUUUUCUGUCAGUCUUUCGGUCUUUCUUUCUUUCUUUCUUUCUUUCUUUCUUUCUUUCUUUCUGUUUGGUCUAUUUGUCUUUCUUUCUAUGUGUCUUUCUUUUUGUUUGUCUUUCUUUCUUUCUGUCUUACUCACUGUCUUUCUUUCUUUUUUCUUUCUUUCUUUCUUUCUUUCUUUCUUUCUUUAUUUAUUUAUUUAUUUACUUACUUAUUUCUUCUUUUUAUCUUUCUUAUUUUCUUUCUUUCCUUCUUUCUGUUUUUCUUUCUAUCUGUCUUUCUUCCUCUCUGUCUUACUUUCAGUCUUUCUGUCAGUCUUUCUUUCUAUCUGUUUUUCUUUCUUUCUUUCUUUCUUUCUUUCUUUCUUUCUUUCUGUUUGGUCUAUCUGUCUUUCUUUCUAUCUGUCUUACUCACUGUCGUUUUUUCUUUUUGACUCUUUACUUUCUGUCUUUAUUUCUUACAUUAUUUCGUUCUCUUUUUCUUUCUUUCUUUCUUUCUUUCUUUCUUUCUUUCUUUCUUUCUUUCUUUCUUUCUUUCUUUCUGUCUGUCUGUCUGUCUGUCUGUCUGUUUUUCUUUCUUAUGUUUUUAAAUCUAUCUAUCUAUCUAUCUAUCUAUCUAUCUAUCUAUCUAUCAUGGGGAAAUAUCUCCUGAUACACUGA